CCGAGCAGUUUUCCGCCAAUCCUGGUUCUCGGGAAACUCUAUUGAUUUCCAUCCAGAAAAUGGUUGAACGUUGGGCAAAACAUAUGGACUGAAUCGCGGAGCGAAGGUGUGUUAUUCGCAAAACGCGCUAUGAAAUUCGCGCUCAUCGUGGGUGUCAUCGCCUCGGUUUCCAUCCUCUGGGUCCGCGGAGAACUGGAGUACUAUGAUGAAUAUAACAAUGCAUUUUCGAAUCCGGAAGCCGCCUUGAUCUCGCAACUGUACAUGGACCCGAGGUGGAGGGCGACGAUCGCUUGGAAGAACGAUCGCGAGGAUCUGGGCUUGUUCAAGCAGAACCCUUUCGUGAAGGCCAAGCUGAGCGAGAGGGUGAGAAAGCUGGAGGAGUUCGUGAACCGGAGGAGGAAGCAGCUGCGUGAAGCGGCUCAGAGGGAGACGUUCAUACAACUUACGAAAGAUCGCGAGGAAGAGUACAAGAACAAAAACUACGAGCAGUAUCAGCUCAAGUAUCCCAACCAGCAAAUCCUGGACGACGUACGACCGUAUCCGCACGAGGAGAACGACUUCAGUUUUCGAGAUGAAGAUAACGAUGAUGAUGAUGAGGGUGAAGAUGAGGAGGAGCAGCAGUUCGAGGAGGCUCCGGCGGCAGAGGCUUCAGGAAAGGGGGCUCUGGGACAACUGAAGAUCAAUCGGGAUGACCCAGUGGAGUUUGGCUACGUUCCACCCGAUCCACGCUUCUACGAGGAAGCCAACACAAAAGAGGCGGUUGCUAAUGACAAAUUGGACGACAAGCAGGAGGAAUUCGUAAUUGGCGGUGACAUUGCGAGGACGGAGGACCAAAAUCAAUACGUUCUGGAGGCUGGAAAAGAGCGCGUGCAGAAAUUCGUCAACGGAGAGGACGCGGUCCACGUGAUCGCCGUUAAACCUCAUGGACACAACAUCGAAUCUGCCGGAGUCUACAUCAUCGCCAUAGUCGCUGGAAUCAGCGCUGCAGCUAUGGUCGGACUCAUCGCCUUCGCAAUUGGAUGGUACAAUUUGCAGAAACAUGUGAAGAAUGCUUCGGACGUCGAGUAUCCUGCGUACGGCGUGACCGGACCCAACAAAGAAGUCUCUCCGUCUGGAGACAGAAGGUUGGCCCAGUCCGCGCAGAUGUACCAUUACCAGCACCAGAAGCAGCAGAUUAUAGCCAUGGAGAACAGAGCCGCAGCGAGCGAAAGACACGGUUCGAUAUCUGAAGUGGACAGCGACGAGGAGAACGAGGAAGGAGAUUACACGGUGUACGAAUGCCCAGGCCUGGCUCCGACCGGCGAAAUGGAAGUGAAGAAUCCGCUUUUCCAGGACGAUCCGACUCCAGCGGCGACCCACAACACGCUUCAGGUCAACAAGAGCAGCGCAGGCGGUAAAAACGGAGACGGAGUCCAGAAGAAGUGAACCGGCUAAAGGGAGGAGAAGAAGGGUGGUUUCAACAUUCUGCAAGCUUCGUUUUUCUUUUCCUAUUUUUUUUCUCUCUCUAUAUAUCUCCUAUUACAAAUUUAUAUAAAUAUCAUUAUAUGAAUAUCUUUAACAAAAAAAAAAUGGGGAAACAUAUAAAUAUAUCGGUUUUUAAUCGUGGCUUAGAUCUUUAUACCGCAAACAUAUCAUGGACUCGACGUACCGCAACAGCAACAGCAGUUUUGUUAUCACGACUCAAUUUCCAUCUAUCUGCAAGUAUUUCAAUCACAUGUUUCGAGAGAAAAACCUCAAGCCUACUAACAAAAAAA